AUGCUAAGUCUACAGUCCAAGUGGCGCUACCUGGUCAUGUUUUUGGGUGUCCAGUUGGUUGUUAUGGCGCUUCUCUCUAGGGAGGGCUACCAUAAGAGGGUGACAUACUUUUUCCGGAUUUUCCGUAAAAUGGAGACCGGUGCAGGGCAGGCCGGCGGUAGCCAUGGGCGCAACCACACGGGCGUGGAUGUUUAUGCCAACCUCUCCCUGCUGACCAAAGCCCAGGGUAAAGAGGAUCUGGCUUACUGCCCCAAGACGUCUCCUCUCACAGUUGGACCAAUCCAUGUCAGUUUCCCCUCUGGGCUCACCCUUGAGCAGGUGGAACGUAAAAAUCCACUGGUGAUUCGUGGAGGGCGUUACAGACCACCGAACUGCGAGGCGCGGUACAAAACUGCCAUAAUUGUUCCCCACAGAAACAGGGAACACCACCUAAAAUACCUUCUCUAUUACCUUCAUCCCUUCCUUCAGCGGCAGCAGCUUAACUAUGGCAUCUACGUCAUCCAUCAGGCUGGUAAUUACACGUUUAAUCGGGCCAAGCUGAUGAACGUGGGAUUCCGUGAGGCCAUGCGCGAGGAAAGCUGGGACUGUCUGUUCUUCCACGAUGUGGAUCUCAUUCCUGAGGACGACCGCAACACCUAUACCUGUGACCCCAACCCCAAACACGCUGCCGUCGCCAUGGACAAGUUCGGCUACAAGUUGCCCUAUAAGAUGUAUUUUGGAGGGGUGUCAGCCCUGACCCCUGACCAGUACCUCAAAAUGAAUGGUUUCCCUAACAACUACUGGGGCUGGGGAGGUGAAGACGACGACAUUGGAGUGCGGGUGUCUCUGGGUGGAAUGGUGAUCACCCGACCAUCAUUGGCCGUUGGCCGAUACAAGAUGAUUAAACACAAGCUUGAUGAGGGCAAUGAGAUCAACCCACGCAGGUUCAACAUGUUGGCCAAAACGCGACAGACAUGGAAACUGGACGGUAUGAAUACUGUGGAUUAUGAGAUUAUCUCACGGCAGUACCAGCCACUUUUCACCAACAUCACUGUCAACAUCGGCACCGAGGCAGGCCUGCACCCCACUAAAGCUCCUGUCGCUAAGCUCCCUGACAACCCCCCCCAAAACCAACUCCUCAAAGAGCUCACAAAGUCCUAG